AUGCAAUAAGCAAAUCACGUAAUCUAUGAGUUGGAAGAUGAUGACGAUAAUAAUAAGUAACAGACUUCGAAGCAGGUAAGGAAUUUUGACUAUUUGAUUUAGUAAAUCAGGAUUGAUAGAAAAUUAGGAGCAGUUUCUUAUAAAAAGUGGGGGACAUUAUAUAACUACUAUUUCUCCUUCAAUUUGAAAAAGGGAAGAUUAUUGUGCUAUAAAACACAGACGUCUUCCUCUUACAAUAAUUACUACUCAUUAAACAAAGGGGAUUUUGUAAAAGAUGAAUCAGAAAUUACUCGAUUUGAAAACAGUUUAAAGAAAAAGAAAAAUUAUGAGUAUGUUCCAAAUUAGAAGGUACUUAUGAAAUGAGUGAAUUUAGUUAAUAAUUUAUGUUAGAACAGCAAAGGGAAGGAUUUUCAAAUUGGUAAUCGAUGAAAAUGAGAAUUACGAUAAGAUUGUGGGUUAUUUGCAAAUUUGUUUCUCCUCUAAAAUUUAAAGUGUGAAUUCAUUUUUUGCUUUGCUUGGAGUUGGAUUAGUUAAGGUGAAUGAUGAGGAAUUUAAAUUAACUACUGGUAUCUUUGUAUCUUUAAAUGAUUGGUCAAAAACAAACAAUAAUAAAUAUUUAUUAAUGAACCAGGAUUAAGGCUUAAAUUUAUUAAUAAGCAAUAUUGAAUUAUUAGGUGGAAUAAUAGGUUCAUUCUAUAGAACCUAAAAUCUUUUAGGGAUCAUCUUUAACCCAUUCACUUAGACCAUUGAUAUUGUUUUAUUUGAUAAUAUAAAGUAAGUAAAUAUAUCUUAUAUAUCUUUAGUCCUAAAACAUUAUUGCAGGGAGUCUUCAAAUUAGUAAAAUUUAGUAAGAAACAAAUCCAACCAUCAGGCAGAGGUUAGCUUUUGAAAUUGAAGACUGAUAUGAAUGAAGUCAAGGACAAUCAUUAUGUGGAAAUUGCAUAAAGUGAAAAUGUCAAAAUAUACAUACACAAUGCACACCUCAAUAUAUCAGAUUAUGAUUUGGUUUAAGGAUCCAUGUUCACAUCUUAAUAUAUAGAUGAUGAAAAUGAUUUGGAUGCAGACAAACUGCUAUCAAACACAGCUUUAGAGUUCUAUAAAAAGGAAUACAAGGUGAUAAACAAUAAUGAAGACGAAACUAAAGAGUUCAUUAUUGUUAACAAAUAGCAAAAGCAAAUGAAUUUCAAUAACUUUGCCUCCCCUAGAUGCAACAAAAGAUAGGUCUCCAUAACCACAGAAGAUGUCAAUGAUGAAAACUAAGGCUAAGGUGUUUAAAUAGCAAAAAGCAUUAAAAUACACAUGCAUAGAUCAGAUCAAAAUAUAAGCUAAUUUCCAAACAUUACACCUCCCAAAUUAGAAUUCAUCACUGAAUUUCAAACUGGAUGUUUUAAUAAUAUUGACAGCAUUGAUUAGGUUUAACAAAACCUAUUCUAACAAGAAUAAACAUAAUAAAAUGGAAAGCAGGAACAAAACAUACCUUUAUAAUAAAAUCAAGAAAUUGAAUAAUCUAAAAUACUCUAAUGUUAAGCAUAAGAAUAAGACAAUGAUUCAGAAGAACUUGAUUUGGUUAAAUUUUCAAUUGUUUUUGAGGCCUCAGAACAUAGUCCAUAUCGAGAUUAUAAUUCUAUAAUGAACUACGCAGUUAAUUUUAAGAAAAUUGACAAUAAAGAUGAAUAUAGAGUUGGUAUUGCUCAUAAGAGUGGAGGAACAGCUUGUUAAGAUAAGAAGAUUAUUGAAUUAGCAAGAAGUGUUGGAAAAAAUAUGAUUAAGUAAGUAGGUCAGAAAUUGUUAAGUGGUAAUUUCAAUCUUACAUAAGUGUCAUUUCCAGUAAUUUUAAAUCUUAACUAUUUUAGAUUAAAGCUAUGAUUCCAAAAUCUGCCUUAGAGAAAACCUUUAUGCAAACUAUUCUCUUUCCACUAUAUAUGAAUAAGGCUGCUUCCAUUUAAGACCCACUGGAAAGAAUGAAACUUACUAUUGUUGGAUUACUUUCCAAUUAUAUUUAAGCUAACUCUUUUCUGAAGCCUCUGAAUCCUAUUUUAGGAGAAACCUUUGAGGGAGGCUAUGAAGACGGCACCUAAUUAUUUUGUGAAUAAGUACUUACUCAGAUUCAAUAUAUUAGAUAUCGCAUCAUCCUCCCCUCUCUUAUUUCUUAGUUUUUGGGCCAAAAAAGUCAUAUAAAUUCUAUGGAUACUCCCUCUAUGAAGCCAAGGCAGGAUUCAACUCUCUAACUAUAUUAAAUCAUGGAAAAAGAACGAUAUAAUUUAAUGACUAAAAAAUACAAUGCACUUUCUCAUCAGAACAUUACUCUGGCACUUUCUUAGGAACAAUGAAAAAUGAAUCGCAAGGAUCUCUUUAAUUUGUCGAUGAUGCAAAUAGUAAAUAGUUAACUUAUCAGUAGAUUUAAAAUGUACUGUGUAAUUGGGUAAAGUCAAGAAUAAACCAACUGAUUAUUUUGAAGGGGAAAUCAAAAGAGGUAAAACCACAUUAAGUAAAUUAUUUGGAUCUUACAUGGGAUUUGCUGAUUUUGAUGGUGUCAGAUAUUGGGAUGCCAGAGUUAUCAAACCCUUUGCAAUGCAAAUAUUGAAAUCUAAUUUAGAUUCUGAUCACGCCAAAAGAACGGAUAGAAUCUUUAUGAUAUAAGGAGAUAUGGAUAAAGCACAAUCUGAAAAGGAACGAUUGGAAUAACUUCAAAGAAAAGACACAGCCUUGAGAAAGGCUUCAAGGUAAAAUGAUUGA